AUGCAAUCAAAUUACGAUAUCACAACGACUCAGCAGCUCCCUGAUGAUUUUAAAUAUUCUGUAAAAGUCAUCUCAUGUGAGCCAGAAAUCAGAUCAAGAUUCCAAAGAAAGGUUUAUUCUUUACUAUCUAUUCAACUGCUCUGUACUUUCAUAUUCUCUUUAUCUGUCAUCCAAUACAAGACACUACAGGUUUUCAUCACUACUCAUCUUGGAUUAUGGUUUUUAGCAUUAUUCAUUUCGAUGGUAUCCUGUAUUUGGUUAUCUGUUGUACCAAAUAUCAAUGAUAUGCCUUUAGAUAAUGAAACUCUAUUGGAUAAUGAUAACAAUAACGAUAUUUCAGCCAGAAGAAAAGUCCCAUGGUACUAUUUACCCUCUAGAGGUUCCCAACUGUUAAUGUUGAUGAUAUUCACUUUAGCUGAAUCAUAUACAUUGGCACUUGUAACGCUAUCGUAUGAUUCAGACACUGUUUUGUCUGCAUUGCUGAUCACCGUUGUUGUGGUAGUAGGUGUCACCGUGUCUUCUUUAUCACCUUUGUUUCAAACUUCCAUGCAAACGAUGAGCUCAAUCUAUUACUGGUUGAACUGGGCUCUAUGGUUCCUAAUAGGGUUGAGUUUUGCAACUCUCUUCUUUGGUAUUAGUGAAAACUUCUCAACUAUGAUAUUUGGAUGGUUGGGCGCUUUUGUCUUUACUAUCUACUUAUUCGUCGACACACAACUGAUCUUUAGAAAAUGCUAUAUUGACGACGAAAUUAAGUGUUGUAUGAUGCUAUAUCUUGAUAUUAUCAACUUAUUCAUUUCGAUUCUAAGGAUUGUGGGAAGCAAUGAUGACAAUUAG